GAGGACCACGACAUCCCGGAGCCAAUCACACCGCUGGCGGGUCUCUGGUUGUUGUGCUGAGCUGUCACAGUGUUUCUGUUAAACAUUAUAACGUUUCUAAAGCCACAUUAUGGCGUCGUUUGUGACCGAAGUGCUCGCCAGCUCUGGAAAACUGGAGAAAGAAGAUCUGUCCUGCAAAAUCAGCAAAAUGUCGCGGAAGGUGGAGGACGCGAAGGAAGAAGUAUGCGACAUGAUAAACAAGAGGUACAGUGACUUCCUACCAAGUCUGCAAGGAUCUGAAGACCUAAUGAAGCAGGUCGACGAGGUCUCCAAAGAAAUGGAAAUCCUUAAAAACUGCAUUGAAACUGAGGUGCAGCAGAACAUCCACGUGGCUGUAGAUGAAUAUGCAAAGCUGAAGCAGCAGCUGGAGAAGAAUACCAUCAUAAUAACAAUGCUCGGACACCUGAAAGAGUUUCAUAGUGCCAAAGAGGACUUCAACAAAGCUUUAUUGGACAAGAAGUAUGUUGAUGCCGCCAACCACCUGGAGAGGGCAAGAGCUAGUGUGGAUUCACUGAAGGGCUGGAAGACAUCUCAGCUGCCCUUGCUCAGCGCUCUCAGCUCUGAGCUCACGGUGCAGAGAGAAAACUUGAUUUACCACCUGGGAGAUGAAUGGAAGAGCCUCGUUGUCUGGAAAUUGCCAUCCUCAAAGGAGCCAGCGGGCCUGAAGUCUUUCCUGAAGGUAGAGCUGAACCUGACCUAUGGUAGCAGCAAGGAUGGCGAACCAACACCCCCAGCUCUGUUGCGCUGUGUCCUGCAGGCUCUGGCCAUCCAGGGAGACCUUCAGCACAAGAUCAAACUCUUCAGUCAGGUGCUGUUAAAGACCAUGCUGAAACCACUGGUGGUGUACCCAUCACUGUCAGUGAGGGUAUCAGAGCAGCAGGGGGAGGGCACCAUCCUGGCUUUACAGUGUCUGGAGGAGAGCAAAGAAGAGAGAUCUGCGCCUUCACAGGUCUACAGCAAACUGCUCCUGGUGCUCAAGACGCUGCACUCACACCUGCUGGAUGUGUCUAUUGGUGAUAAAAAACUCUCAGCCAUCUUGGGAGAGCUGAUUUGGGAGGACAUUUCCAAGUGCAUCAUCCAUGAGUGUCUGCUCUACUCCAUCCCCACCAACAGCAGCCAGCUGGAGAAAUACAACACUGUGAUCAAGGAAACGGAGGAGUUUGAGAAGUCUCUGAAGGAGAUGGAGUUUCUGCAGGGUGAUUCCACAGACCUGCUCAAAUAUGCCAGGGAUGUCAACUGUCACUUUGCCAGUAAAAAGUGUAAGGAUGUCAUCGUGGCAGCCCGCAAACUCAUGACCUCUAAGAUGCACAACACAGUCAAGAUCACACCAGACUACAAAAUGCGUCUUCCAAAGCUCCCUGCUCCUGCUUCAGAGGUGAAGGUGAAGCAAGAGACCAGGAAGGAGGAGACGACGAUAGAGAACUCGAAGCAGCUGUCUCCGUGGAGUCUGAGUCUGCCGGCCUGUCGCAUCAGUGAGUCAGUGCAGCAGCUGAUGGAGCUGGCACUCAACACGCUGUGUGAAGCUGUUGGAAGCUCCACACAAUGUGCGUUACAACUCUUCUUUACCGUGAGAAACAUCUUCCAGCUGUUCUAUGAUGUUGUACCAACAUACCACAAGGAGAACCUGCUCAAGUUCCCUCACCUGGCUGCCAUCCAGCACAACAACUGCAUGUACCUGGCCCACCACCUGCUCACCCUGGGUCACCAUUUCAGGGCUCACCUGCCGCAGCCCCUCAGCGAGGGGGUAGCAACUUUUGUUGACAUGGUGCCCGGAUUCAGGAAACUAGGCGCCCAGUGCUUCUUAGCACAGAUGAACGUCCAAAGAGCUGAGCUGUUAGAGAGACUUUCCACGGCUCACAACUUCAGCAACCUGGAUGAUGAAGACAACUACAUCGCAGCCAGUAAAGCAGUCCGACAGGUCAUCCAUCAGCUGAAGCAGUUGGGCACAGUGUGGCAGGAUGUCCUACCAGUUGGUAUCUAUUGUAAAGCUAUGGGCAACCUCCUCAACACAGCCAUCACAGAAGUCAUUUCCAAAAUCAUGAUGCUUGAGGACAUUUCCUCAGAGGACGGGGAGCAUCUCCACACUCUGUGCCAAACCAUCAUCGAGGAGUGUCCGCUGGUCUUCAUCCCUCUGGCCGAGGAAAAGAAAAACAAGAAGUACCAGGAGGAAGUUCCCCUCUAUGUGAAGAAGUGGGGCACGUUCAAGGAGCUGGUCAUCGUGCUGCGAGCCAACCUGCAGGAAAUCGUGGACAGGUGGGCUGACAGUAAAGGCCCCCUGGCGUUGGAGUUUUCCAGUUCGGAGAUGAAGAAUCUGAUCCGAGCCCUGUUUCAGAAUACAGAGAGAAGAGCUGUGGCUCUGACCAAAAUCAAAUAGAUACUCGGAGAAAAGUGACUGUCAGUAUAAUCCUAAAGCACUUUUUUUUUUCCAGUGAGGAAAAAUCUUGAGUUAUGCCUUUACUCGUUUCCGUUUUCAGUUCAUUAAAUGUCCACAUUGACAUGUAUGUAAGCCUGUCACAGCGGAUUGUUUGCCCUCUCUGAUUGAGAUGCUGUCGCUGAGGGUUUAAGCUGUAAUCAAUCUGUGAGAUGCGUUCCUUCUAUGCAUUCAGCCUGCAAUUAGUCGCUCAGAGAUUACACCAAGGCUUCUUCGCAUCAGCAUCCUGCCGCCUCUGUCCUAUAGCUUUAAAGGUCAUCCAGUACAAAGCCAGCUGAGGUUGUGUAACCAGCGACUUGCCAUCUGUUGACAUGUGAUGUUGUAUCCAGGGUUAACUUUGCUGUUAAUCAAACUUCAUCUCUAGCUUUUUUUCAGCUCUUCUGUUCUGAUGUCAUUUCAGGAGUUUGUGUGUUUGGACUUAAAUGCCUCUAAGUGUCUGUUUUUGUUUGUUUGAUGCUUGUUGCCACGCUUGUAGAGAGUGGGGAAAUACGUGAGGGAAAGGAGACACAGGUCGGACUUGAACUCAGGCUGCCCGCUUGGAGAACUAAAGCCUACUUUUAUAACGGUUUACCAUUUCUGUAAUUUUCUCUCAAAGACACCCGUAAUGUACAUCUCUCACAACCUCUUAAAGAUAAUGUUUUUAUUUUACUGGUUUCAUGAUUAAGUUGUGUUGACCACAUAAUGGCUGACUGGAUUAUUUGUCACAGAAAACUUUUCUUGGAGUGAAUGAAACGCUACAUUUAUGAACCCUGCUCGGGUUUCAAGUUGGCCUGGUGGACGUCCAAGUGCAGAGUUAAGUCUGUGUUCAGGUUAAAGGUGACAAAACAUUUUUCUAUAUUAAACAUAACCACAAAAAAUGUUUAACUCCUUAGUCAGUAGGAGUGGAAAGUUGACCCUAAGGUGGGAACAUUUAAAAUUAGUUAAUGGGUGCUCAUUGAAUUUGUUCAGUAUCAAUUUUGUAACUUGAAGGUUUAUCCAACAACAUUUCUUCUUAUAAAAAGUAAUUCAGUUGGUAUUAUAUUUCAUUCUAAAAAUGUAUUUUCUUUUGUAAAUCAUUAAUGAGGGCAUUUCUACAACACGGCUUUCUUUUGUUAAGACUUCUUGUACAACCAUUUAGCUGAACUCUCCCAUAAUGUAUUUAUUACUUCAAAAUAAACCAAAAGACUAAAGCUA